AUGUCGAGCUGGCUCCGCUCCGAAGGCCACCUGGACGCGGGGCCCAUCUACGUGCGCGAGAACGGGCGGCUGCACGUGGUGAGCCCGGCUGCUGGCGGCGCCCCCGCGGCCAGGCCCUUCAGGCUCUUCCCCAGGGGCUUCUCCGUGGAGCUCUGCAUGAACGGGGAGGACGACGGCGCCAGAAGCCCGCGGACCGACCACUUCAUCUUCACCUACACCAAGGAGGGCAACCUCCGUUAUUCCGCCAAGUCGCUCUUCAGCCUCGUGCUGGGUUAUAUUUCUGACAACGUGGAUCGCGUCGACUCGCUCAUCGGCUUCCCGGAGCAGAUUGCGGAGAAGCUCUUCUCCGCCGCGGAAGCGCGGCAGAAGUUCACGGAACCGGUCGCGGGGCUGAGGGCGCUGCAGAAGUUCACGGAAGCGUAUGGAAACCUGGUGCUGUGCUCGCUGUGCCUGCGGAACAGAUACCUGCUCAUCUCUGAGAAGCUAGAAGAAAUUAAGUCUUUCCGGGAGCUGACUUGUUUGGAUCUUUCCUGUUGUAAACUUGGAGAUGAGCAUGAACUGCUAGAACAUCUCACUAAAGAAGCUCUGUCUAGUGUAAAAAGGCUUCUCUUGAAAGACAACUCUUUAUCGGAUGCAGGACUUCGCAGAAUGACAGCGCCCGUACGAGUACUGAAAAAGGGACUUGAGAAUCUUUUGAUACUAGAUUUAUCUUGUAACCCUAAUAUCACAGAUGUGGGAAUUGGCUACCUCCUUUCUUUCAAGAAGUUGAAUUGUUUGGAUAUUUCAGGAGCAGGUCUCAAGGAUGUUAAUGCAGUCAUUAAGCGGCUCCAGAUGCACAUAGGCCUUGUUCACUCAAAAGUGCCUCUCAAAGAAUUUGAUCACAGCAGCUGCAGAACAGAAGGGUGGGCAGAGCAGACUGUUUUGCAGUGGGAGCAGGCAAUUAUGGAGGCCAUGAAGCCACAAGAACAGCUGAGAUCCAGAACAGCAGCUCUGCACUUCUAUGGCAAGACACACAGAAUAGAGGACGUAGUCAAAUGUAAGUUGGUGGAGACAGAAACAAAAGCUUCUGGACACUUGCAGUUUUAUAAGAAAGAAAACCAAAAUUGCCCUUUACCUCUGAAAAGGGAGGUUGCAGACAGCCAUGAAUUAAAGAACAAUAAAAAAAGAGCUUUGGCUGAACAAGAGAGAGAAAGGACUUCCAAACAGAAGCAUCUGUGCCUCACUGUGGAGGACUGGGAUUUGUUGAAUACCUACUGACUCAGAAAGAAGCGGGUCUUUGUUUGUUUUCUUGCUGAUGACAGAAUUUAGCCAUAUAGAGAGGGAGUAACAAAGGGGACCAGGAUUGUUAAAUCUGGCUGCUGUG